CCGCCCCGCGGCGCUCCGCUUUCCCCUCCCUCUCCCGCCCUCCCCCUUUUUCGUGCCUUGAGGUUGCGGGUCAGCGCGAGCUACUGCAGUGAGUCCGUCACGGCUCCGGCGCGAGAGCUAGGCUGUACCCCACGAGCCGCCUGGCCCCCUCUUCCCCCUCUCCCCUUCCUCUCUGCCUCUCUGCCUCUCCCCUUUCUCGCUGUCUCUCCUCCCUCUCUCUCUGUCUCCGAAUCUCGACCUUAAUUUCUCUUCUUCCCCGCUCGCUCCCGUGUGCCCAGUCACCCGGCCGGCGCGGGCCCCGAGGCACCGCCUCCCUUCCCCCAACCUGCACCCCCUCCCCCGCGGGCGUCCCGAGGGCCGCAGCCGCCACAGCCCAGCGCAGCUGGGCCGCCGCCGCCGCUUCCUGCGGGAGCCCUUCUGAGCGCCGACACUCUUCUCCUCCCGCGCGAGCCGCCGACCGCCGAGCAAAAUGGGAAAUGAGGCCAGUUAUCCUUUGGAAAUGUGCUCACACUUUGAUGCCGAUGAAAUUAAAAGGCUAGGGAAGAGAUUUAAGAAGCUUGAUUUGGACAAUUCGGGUUCUUUGAGUGUGGAAGAGUUCAUGUCUCUGCCUGAGUUACAACAGAAUCCUUUAGUACAGCGAGUAAUAGAUAUAUUUGACACAGAUGGGAAUGGAGAAGUAGACUUUAAAGAAUUCAUUGAGGGAGUCUCUCAGUUCAGUGUCAAAGGAGAUAAGGAACAGAAGUUGAGGUUUGCUUUCCGUAUCUAUGACAUGGAUAAAGAUGGCUAUAUUUCCAAUGGGGAACUCUUCCAGGUGCUGAAGAUGAUGGUGGGGAACAAUCUGAAAGAUACACAGUUACAGCAAAUUGUAGACAAAACCAUAAUAAAUGCAGAUAAGGAUGGAGAUGGAAGAAUAUCCUUUGAAGAAUUCUGUGCCAGGGGAGGGAAAACGGGCCUCUUCGCGGGCCGGGCCUCCUCCGUGUCCAUGCGGCCCGCGUCCCCGCCGUCCCCCGCGGCGGACAGCUGCUCAGCCUGCCGUUUCUUCGCCCGCCGGCCACCCUUGCGGGUGACUUGGGUGAAGCCGUCCUCGGCCCCCGCGCUCUGCGCCUCCAUCUCCGUUUCCAUGCCCGGUUAUCUCCAGCUCCGACAUGUGCUUCCGGCUCGAACGCGUGCGCCGCCGCACCGCGCAGGCGCGCGACGCAGGGUCCAGCGUCCGCCAACCAGCCCCAGGCCUCCGCCUUUUCCUAAGGAGUCCCACGCAGGGGACCUGAAGCAGGGUUUUGUGCAUAUGCUGGGCAAUUGCCAUCUCCAAUAUGUGUAUGUGGGAAUGGUAGUAGGUAAACACGAUGAGUAUAUUUGUGCUCUCAGUGAAGAACUAUCGUCUUGACUUUCAGUAGCGCAUCAGGCAUUAUCUGAGACAACUAAACCCAGCUCGCCAGGGCGAACAAGGCGACUACGGCAAGGGCGGGGGCGGGGGGAAGAAACUGUCGUUUAUGUUUGGAGUUUGGUUUCCCGGUUAGUGUUUUGUCAGGCUUUGGAUGUGCUGCUGGUUGGAGGGGAAACAGGCUGGACCAUGUCGGCCUUCGAGAAACCUCAGAUCAUCGCCCAUAUCCAGAAGGGCCUCAACUACACGGUAUUUGACUGUAAAUGGGUGCCCUGCAGCGCCAAAUUUGUGACCAUGGGCAACUUCGCCCGGGGCACCGGCGUCAUCCAACUGUACGAGAUCCAGCACGGGGACCUAAAGCUGCUUCGGGAGAUUGAAAAGGCCAAACCCAUUAAAUGUGGAACAUUUGGUGCAACAUCUUUACAGCAGAGAUAUUUAGCUACUGGAGAUUUUGCUGGAAACCUGCAUAUAUGGAAUUUGGAGGCUCCAGAGAUCCCAGUAUAUUCCGUAAAGGGCCAUAAGGAAAUUAUAAACACCAUAGAUGGUGUAGGUGGACUGGGAAUUGGGGAAGGCGCACCAGAAAUUGUGACUGGCAGCCGAGAUGGAACUGUGAAGGUGUGGGACCCAAGACAAAAAGAUGAUCCUGUUGCUAAUAUGGAACCUGUACAAGGAGAAAACAAGAGAGACUGUUGGACUGUGGCAUUCGGCAAUGCUUAUAAUCAAGAGGAACGUGUUGUUUGUGCUGGCUAUGACAAUGGGGAUAUCAAACUGUUUGAUCUCAGAAAUAUGUCGUUGCGGUGGGAGACAAACAUAAAAAAUGGGGUAUGUAGCUUGGAGUUUGACAGAAAAGACAUAAGUAUGAAUAAGUUAGUAGCUACAUCACUGGAAGGAAAGUUUCAUGUUUUUGAUAUGAGAACACAGCAUCCAACAAAAGGUUUUGCUUCUGUUUCAGAGAAGGCUCAUAAAUCAACUGUGUGGCAGGUCCGACACCUGCCACAGAACAGAGAGCUCUUUCUGACAGCUGGAGGCGCCGGCAGCCUUCACCUCUGGAAGUAUGAAUACCCUGUUCAACGGUCAAAGAAAGAUUCUGAGGGAGUCGAGAUGGGAGUUGCGGGCUCCGUCAGCCUUCUGCAGAAUGUCACCUUGUCUACUCAGCCCAUUUCCAGUUUGGACUGGAGUCCAGAUAAAAGGGGUCUCUGCAUCUGUAGUUCAUUUGAUCAAAUGGUAAGAGUAUUGAUUAUUACAAAACUCCAUAAAAUUUGAUCUGAAGACUUAGGACUUGAAACCUUCCAGAGGAACACUCCUACUAUUUAGGACAUGCACUGGGAUCCUCUGACCCUCACUGAACAGAGCUGGAUUUGACUGAUGAAAACAGACCCCAGAUGCCAACGUCCAGACUAGCCUUCCUGUGGGUGUGAAACACAGAGUGCUAUCUUCCAGUGACCGGACUCAGAACUGGUUUGCUGCAGUGGGACACCACUGUUUCCAGCUCUGUCCGUCUUCCCUCCAUUUCUAAGAAGUUGAUACUUGUCUGCAUUUUAAAUUUGUUCUUCAUCCCCAGAGUUACAUAUUUUACCAUAACACUUGGUUUAAAAUAGUUCUAAAAGUACUGUGAAUUAACUUCGUAAAUAUACUUUGAGAGAUUUCAGUGUCAGUAAGUUUCUGUAAAGAAUAUCACUUCCUAAAAUCCCAAAAUGGCAUGGUCAGACUAGAUUUGGGUAACUGUUUUCAGCUGUGUAACUCCUAAAAUGAAAAAAUAUUUACCAAGUGAAUAUUUACAAUGAUCUCUUUUUACUUAAAAAAAAAAAUAGGAGUCAAAUUGGACUUUUGGUUAUUGACUGGUAAGUGAUGUUGAGAUGUAUAAGAUUAUGGAGGUUUUCUAGCCUUAUUUUUUGUCAAAUCUUUUCAUAUAUUUUAUGAAUAAAUUUGUUUUUGAACUCUG